AUGGAUUGUUUGGGUCUAUCAAGACUAGACUGUUUGCCGAAUGGUGCCACACAUUUCGCAGCCGUUAUACCUGUUUCGCCCAUUUUUGGCGAAAGUGUAAGUGGCCUCGGCUGUUGUGGUGAGGCGAACGGCAUUGUCAUUAGGGAACGGGGCUUCACCAACGCCGUCGCCACCGCCACCAAUGCUGUCAACAUCCCGGCCGCCCCAACCAAUGCCAAGCCCGGCGAGGUGAAUCAAGAGCAACACCAAGGCUUCAAAAGAGAGGCAAACCAAUACAUGCCGACAACAAAUAUCACUCGCAUCAUGCGGUGCGUCGUCCCCGAUCAUGUUAAAAUCGCUGAUGAUGCAAAGGAGGCCAUCCAAGUGUGCGUCUCCGAGUUCAUCAACUUCAUUACUGCUGAGGCGAACAACCGGUGCCACCGCGACUACCGAAAAACUGUCACGCCGGAGGACGUGCUGGCGGCAAUGACGUCGUUGGGUUUCGGCGACUACAUAGAGCCCCUCAUCGUUUUCCUCAAUAAGCAUCGAGCCCAGCAGGACCUCGAGCGAGGCUCCAUGAAUCAGUUGGGGCAGUUUGUUAGGCGUGACGACGAUAAUGGUGGCUUCGUUCACCAGCAGCAGCCACAAGGUGCUCAUAUGGUGCGGUCGCCACCAGCACUAGCACCACCGGCGGCACCGACGAUGGGGUAUUAUGUCCCCUUACCGCCACCUGUUGUUGGCACGGUGGAAGAUGGGGAAGAAUUAGGUGGAUCGACGAGAGUCAUCAAUGCAUAUAUGUCGUGGGAUUAUGGUCGUGGAGAAGGCUCCUCUGACGGCCCCGAGUUUGAUCCAUUUCAUAAGUUUUAA